CUAACGAACCCUACGCCUGUGAAAAAGCAACAAACCAAAUCCCAUUACACCAAACCCCCCCAUGAUUUCUGAAUCAAAACCAGAAAUCAAAAAAACAUCAACAUAAAUGGAGAUGGACUCUGAUGAGUCUCACCCUCUUCCCCAUCAGAUCAUCCUUAACAUCUUCUCAAGAUUACCCGUCAAAUCUCUCUUGCGUUCCAAGCUCGUCUGCAAAGAAUGGCGCCACUCAAUCUCCACUCCCCAAUUCACCAAACUUCGCCUCUCUCAAUCCCAACUCACAACAACCCACCACGUCGCACUUCUUGAGUCUCGCAAUCCUCCUUCCUCCAUUGCUCUUCGCUCUAUCGAAUCUCAUUCCGAUGAAUCAGUGAUUGAGAUUCAUAACUCUUUCAAGUAUUCUUAUCCCUAUUCCAAGAUUAUCAGUUCUUGUAAUGGGUUGUUGCUAAUUGCUCUAUCCCAGAAGACUUUCAUUGUUUGGAACCCAUCUACUAGAGAAUACGAGCAUUUGGGUUGUCUUCCUCAUUUUCUCAGUUUCGUUUUCAUUCUCUCUGGACUUGGGUAUGACAAGCUUGUUGAUGAGUACAAAGUUGUUAUGGCGAUUCGGGUUAUCGAAAAUAAUGAAAGUGAUUGUGAAAAAAACAUUUAUUUUUAUUGCUAUUCUUCGAAAUGUGAGGGUGAGCUGAGAAGCAUAAAGAUGGAUUUCCCGUAUAUGAUUUUGAAAGGCACAUCCGCCACAGUGGUAAAUGGAGUUCCGCAUUGGUUGGUGAAUCAUGAUUGAGGUGAGAAAUCGCCGGUGAUUAUUUACUUUGAGUUUGUAGCUGAGGUGUUUGUUGAAUUGACUCAACCAAGUUAUGGGCACGAAUCGUUAGAUAUUUCAAAGUUUGAUUUGGGGGUUUUGGGUGGUUGUCUUUCUAUUGUUUGUCAUAGGGAACACUAUGUUGAGGUGUUGGUAUUGAAACGGUACCAUGCGAUUGAGUCGUGGACUAAACUGUUCGUCAUUCGUUAUGAUAACUUUGGAAAUCUAAGUUUUAAGACCUUGAAACCGCUGUGUUUUACGAAGAAUGGCGAAGUGUUGAUGGAGAUUGAUCGAAAGAGGUUGGUGGUGUAUAAUCUUGAAGAAAGUUCAUAUAGAUUUGUUGAGUUCUCUCACAAUGGCAAUGGGUUCAAAGUCGUGAUGUAUGUUGAGAGCCUAGUCUCCCCCCAUGGUGCCUCCAAGUCCAAGCAAAGACCGUGCUGGAAUAUGGCAACCAUGAGUAGAUCCUCAACAUCUAAGCUAAGCACGAAUAGAUCCUCGACAUCUAAGGCAAGCAUGAGUAGAUCCUCAACAUCUAAAUCGAAAGCAACUUAAGUUCGAGUGAAUCAACAGCGCGAAGGAAUUCCGGAUCAAAUUGGAUGAUAGGGAAAUGUUUUCCUUGCAUCAAAAGACUUCCAGCAGUUUUGAGAGGAACAUAAUGCAGUUUGAGGAGAAUCUGGCUAGAACUAUAGAAGACGCAAACUUGGAACAUGUGAUUAAUCUGUUUUUAACUUAUUGGUCUCUUUGAAUUAAUCUUAAAU